UUCAUUGAGCACCCCCAACCCUCGCUCCUGCUUCUUCAUGCCUUGUUGACAAAUGUGGGUCUAGUGAGACCUUACAAUUUGGUGCCCAGACCCGGGAAAGAGGUUCUGUAAAGAAUCCCGGUUGUAUUUUUUGUGUCAACAAUGGGAGACAUGGAGAAACUUCAGAAGAAGAGGGCAGUCGCCCGAGGGUGGGCAACUCGCAAGUCUAACAUACUAAAGGGCCUUCUCAACAAUCCAGAUGUUAGUGUCAUCGAUCUGCAAGCUGCCAUGGAUGACUUUGAUCAACGUCUUGCCAGUUUGGAGGAGGUACAAACAAUGUUAGAAUUAGAGACUGAUUUUGUGAACUUGGAUGAAGAGCUCGAUAGUGCCUCCGAGUUUUUCCAAGAAGUCCGUAAGCCCAGGCUGCAAGCUGCACAGAGGUUGGGGGAUAUGAUGAAAGGUGAGCAGAGGGAUUCCUUUUCAUCCUCGAGUCCCAGUAAAAUAUCUAGUAGCUCCAAGAUAGCAAAUGUAAAAUUACCCAAAUUAGAGUUACCAAAGUUCAAUGGAGAUGUAACUCUGUGGCAGUCAUUUUGGGACCAUUUUAAGACUCAUGUGCAUGAAGCUGACAUUCCAGUGAUAACUAAGUUUAGCUACCUGCAGUCAUUAUUGGAAGGACGUGCUAAAGGUGUUGUAAAAGGAUUUGCACAUACCGAAGCAAAUUACCAAAUUGCUUGUGAUCUGCUGAAAAAAAGAUUUGGAAGACCUGAAUGUAUUAAGUUAAAACAUGUACAAGCACUUUUGAAUAGUAGGUUUUCCGAGAAAGGCAAAGGACCAAAGUAUGUGUCCUCUUUGUGGAGUCUACUUGAUGAAUUGCUGACCCACAUCCGUAGCCUACAGGCCUUGGGAGUAACAGAGGAGCAGUGUGAAGUGUUCCUGACCCCUCUCAUCCUGUCAUGCCUUCCUGAGGAGCUAAGAUUGGAGUGGGCUAGAGAGGGCUCUGGCCGUGAGAGUGACAUCAGUUGGCUGCUGCAGUUUCUUCAGAAAAAAAUUGAGAGAAUUGAGAGAUCAGAAACCUUCAAAGUUGUGUUGGGGAAGGCAGAAGGACGUUUUGUGGAAUCUGAGAAAGGAAGAGUGCCGUCUGCAUCAGCUCUUUACACAUCGUCUGAAGUAGGAUCUUCUUAUUGCGCAUUCUGUAGCAAGAAACACAAGUCUGAGAAGUGCUGGGAUAUUCAGAAGCUCUCAUUAAAGGAACGUGAAGAAAAAAUUAAAACAGCCCGUUUAUGUUUUAAGUGUCUAAGUAAAGGACAUAUUGCCAGUGGCUGUCGAAUCAAGUGUUCCAAGUGUAAUGGAAAUCAUAAUUCUCUUCUGUGUAGAGCAAAGGGUGAAAUAAACACAGAUAAAGCUAUGGAAGGUGAUAUGAGUGUUAAGAAGGUUAGUGAUAAUGCCGAACCUUCUUCAGAAAAUUGCAGUCCUCGAGUGAAUCAUGUUGGAGUUGCUCUUAGCAAGUGUAAUGUGUUGACAAAAACUAGCUGUGUGUUACAAACAGCUAGAGUUAAAGUGUAUGGUGAUUCAGGUAUUUGUUGUGAAGCCACCUUGUUGUUUGAUACUGGCUCCGAUAGAUCCUAUGUAUCCAGUAAUCUUGUGAAGAAAGUUAAGCCUAAGUGGGUGAGCUCGGAAACAGUGUCAUAUGCUGCUUUUGGAGGUAGUAAGUCUCCUCCAGGUAAACAGAGUAAUAUCUUUGAUUUGAAAUUAGUGGGUUUACAAGGUUUAAAACAUUUAAUGGCAUUAGAGAUUCCAAAGGUUUGUGCUCCGUUAACUAGACCUUGUAUUCCUAGUAAAUUGGUUGAUGCCUUUUCAGAUUUCCAACUUGCUGAUGAUUACAAGAAUAAUAGCCACCUAAGUAUAGAUAUACUUGUAGGUUUGGAUGCUUAUUGGGGAUUUAUGGACCCUGAAAUAAAGCCAUAUCAGAGUAAUGGAUUAGUAGCUCAAAAGUCUGUAUUUGGUUGGGUUUUGUCUGGCUCAUGGAUGAACUCUUCUGACAAGCCAUUUGAGUCUACCCAAAUGUUAUGCUUAGGGAAUGUAACGGAUUCUGAUUUAAGUGAAUUUUGGAGUUUAGAAUCUGUUGGAAUAAAUCAAAAGGAAACUGUUUCUAACCCAUUUACCUCAGACCCUGUUCUACAGCAAUUUUGUGGAAAUGUUGAGUUUGAUGGGGAGCGUUAUGAAGUAGGCUUACCCUGGAAGUCAGAUGAAUGUAAGAAGAAUCUUAGAAAUAAUGAGGGACUUGCUAGAAAAAGACUAGAAGGAUUAGAGCGUAAGUUAGAUAAGGACCCACAACUUAAGAAACAAUACUCUGAGGUGUUUACUGGCUAUGAAGAAGAGGGAAUAAUUGAGGAAGUCCCUUCAAAUGAGGUUUUAAGUUCUCAGCCUACAUAUUAUAUGCCUCAUCGUCCUGUUGUGAAAGAAAGUAGUGCUUCAACUAAGAUUAGGCCAGUUUUUGAUGCUUCUGCAGCUAGUUACAAUGGCAUUUCUUUAAAUGAUUGUCUUGAGUCUGGUCCUUCACUUAAUCCUGAUCUUGUGAAAGUUUUGAUUCGUUUCAGAAGGUGGAAGGUUGCACUGACUGCUGAUAUUACCAAGGCUUUCUUACAGAUCUGUGUUCAGGAAAAGGACCGAGAUGUGCAUCGCUUUUUAUGGAAAUGCAAAGACUCCAUUAGAAUUAUGAGGUUUGUUCGUGUUCCCUUUGGCAACACAAGUAGCCCUUUUUUGCUAAAUGCAACUAUUAAACAUCACUUACAGUCUUUUCCUAAUACUGAAGUCAUAGAAGAAUUAAAGGAAAACCUUUAUGUGGAUGAUUGGCUGUCGGGGGCAGACAGUGCAGAAGAGGCUUCUGUUAAGUUUAAAGAAGCUCAGAGAAUUUUGGCAUUAGGUGGGUUUCCUCUUUCUAAAUGGCAUUCAAACUGUAAAUUACUGACUACAAAGUUCAAUGACAAAAUUGAUCAUGGUAAUGAACACGUAUCCACCAAGGUUUUAGGUAUGAAGUGGUUAUCCUUAACAGACCAGUUUGUCUUUGAGGAAUUUGAUUUUGACUCAGAGACACAGUUGGUGUCAACAAAAAGAGCAGUACUUAGUCUCAUAGCCAAACUUUUUGACCCUCUUGGUUUGAUUAGUCCCUUUGUCAUGUUUGCCAAAAUCCUCUUUCAGGACAUAUGGAGACUUGGACUUGAUUGGGAUGAAGUACUACCUAAUGAGCUGCAAAAUAAGUUCCAUAAUUGGGUUAAAAGUAUUGCUGCAUUUAAAUAUUGGAAGAUAAAUCGGUGCUAUUUUCCAGAAAUAUCAUGGAGAGAGUUGUCGGGUCUAGAACUUCAUGCCUUUGGUGAUGCUUCAGAGAAGGGGUAUGGAGCUUCUGUGUAUUUGAGAGUUCCCCUUGUGGAUGGGACAUACCAGGUGUCAUUUGUAGUUGCAAGGUCUAGGGUAGCUCCUAUAAAAAGGGUUACUUUACCCCGACUAGAGUUGCUUGGUGCUUUACUUUGUGCACGGCUCUUAGAUUUUGUGAAGUCUGCCCUAUAUCUUGAUAAGACAGUAACCUAUUGUUGUUGGACUGACUCAAAGGUUGCACUUGCAUGGAUAAAGGGUAAUCCUAGUAGGUGGAAGGCAUUUGUGUCAAAUAGAGUUGUUGAAAUUCAGAGUCUCACCUCCCCAUGUCACUGGUACCAUUGUUCAGGGAAGGAAAAUCCUGCUGAUCUCAUUUCUAGAGGGGAGUUAGCUGAGCCACUUGUGAAUUCUACUUUAUGGAUGAAUGGGCCUUCUUGGUUGUCUAAACCUUUAACUUUAAGUGACAAAGGAGAAGCUGUGGAGCUACCUGUAGAAGAAAGUUACAGUGAAAAGAACAUUUCUUGUGUAUCUGUAACCACUCCUAAAAUAUUUGAGUUUGAGAGAUGGAGUCAGUUCAAUAAAGCCCAUCAUGUAGUGGCUUGGGUUAUGAGAUUUAUAAACAAUACCCGACCUCAUUCUGUAAAAGUGUCAGGUCCAUUGUCUUCUGAUGAGUUGGUUAAAGCCAAGACCAAAUUGUUUUACUGUGUACAGAGAGAGAAAUUUGCUCAUGAAAUUGCCGACUUGAGAAAGGGUAAAUCUCCUGCAAGGAGGUCCCCUUUGUGUAGACUAGAUCCCUUUGUAGAUGAUGAAGGCCUGUUGAGAAUUAAAGGACGUUUGGAGAAUGCAAACUUGAGUUUUGAAAGCAAACACCCUGUUAUAGUUCCCUCAGGUCAUGUUGCUAAGCUCUUGGUUCAAUUUCAGCAUAUUUUCUUGAAGCAUGCUGGAGUAUCCACCAUUGUAUCUACUUUAAGAGGCAGCUAUUGGAUAGUGGGAGUCAGACGAAUUGCUAAAACUGUUUGUAGAGUGUGUGUUCGGUGUAAGAGGUUUGAUUCCAGGGCUUGUAAUCAGCCUGCUGCACCCCUACCAGGAUUAAGAGUUAAGAUUGCUCCUCCCUUUACUGUGACAGGUCUUGAUUAUGCUGGUCCUCUUUUUUGUAUUGAUUUACCUUCCAAGAAAUUAUACAUUUUGUUGUUUACAUGUGCCGUAAUAAGAGCAGUGCACCUAGAACUUACUGAUUCACUAUCUCUCUCCGAUUGCAUGCUGGCUUUACGUAGAUUUGCAGCACGAAGAGGCAUUCCAUCUGUCUUUUAUUCAGAUAAUGCUAGAACAUUUUUGGGUGCAGCUCGUCAACUUCAGCAAGAAUAUGGUCCACUGUCUCCUCAGUGGAAAUUCAUUGUGUCCCGUUCUCCAUGGUGGGGAGGUUGGUGGGAACGUUUGAUUAGGUCUGUUAAGUCUGCUUUGAGGAAAACAAUAGGUAUUAGAAGUCUGUCUAGAAUUGAGCUUGAGACCACUCUUCAAGAAGUUGAGGCUUGUGUAAAUUCUAGACCUUUGACCUUUGUUGGAGAUGAACCUGAUGUUUCAAAUCCUUUGACACCUUCACACUUUCUCAUUGGACGUAAUGCUGGACUCCAACUUGAGAUUAGUGAUCAACCUUCAUAUGUUACAGGAAAGGAUUUAAUUAUCCGAGAAAGUGUUCGCCAGCAGCAACUUGAUAGAUUUUGGAAAUUAUGGAGCAAUGACUAUCUGAGAAAUUUGCCGCCUGCUGUGAAAGGAUUUGUGCCAAAUUGCAAUGUAAAAAAAGGUGCUGUUGUCCUAGUCAGAGAAGACCAUGUUCCUAGGCUUAAAUGGCCAUUAGGUGUAGUUACUGAAGUAUUCCCUGGUAAUGAUAAUAUCAUUAGGAGUGUUAGGGUUAAAACUGACAAAGGAACAGUCAGUAGACCAGUGCAGAAGUUGCAUGAUCUUGAAAUGUAUAAUCCUCUGUAUGAAGAUUCCGAAGAAAAUAUACCAUCAGUUCUUGGAAACGGUGAAAAUGGUUCCUCUGAGCCUUGUGAAGAGAACAUUGUGAAAUCCACCUCCUAUAGUCGAUGGGGUCGUGCAAUAAGAGCCCCAGUGAAACUUGAUUUGCACCUUGAUGAUGUUAUGGCUCAUCCUGGCAAUGACUCGUGUCACACGACUACUACAUCUGCUUACAUAACACUGUGA